UUUUAAUUUUUCUCUCAUUGGAUUGCCCAGAAAACAAAAGAGCAAACCCAUUAACACCUCAUUAUUCUUUCAAUUUGUUUUUUUUAAAAAAAACAAAAAAAAAAAAAAAGAAAUGUCUUCAUUGAUUAUUCCACCUAUUCUUACUUCUCCACAAGAUGAUGCUGCCCAACUUCAUAAAGCCUUUAAAGGUUUUGGGUGUGACAGUGGUGCAGUUGUGAAUAUUCUAGCACAUAGAGAUGCAACACAACGUUCUCUAAUUCAACGUGAGUAUAAAGCAAUGUACCACAAGGACCUCAUCAAACACUUGAAAUCUGAGCUUAGUGGCAACCUUGAGAAAGCAGUUUUAUUAUGGAUGCAUGAUCCAGCAACUAGAGACGCAGUAAUAGUAAAAGAGGCAUUAUGUGGAGAGCCAAUACAUCUUAGAAGAGCCACAGAAGUAUUAUGUUCUCGUACUUCAACUCAAAUUCAACACUUAAGACAAAUUUACUUGUCUAUGUUUCAAUCAUAUAUUGAACAUGAUAUUGAAAAAAGUGCUUCUGGUGAUCACAAAAAGCUGCUAUUGGCUUAUGUAAGUAAACCAAGAUAUGAAGGCCCAGAAAUAGACAGAAUAUUAGUAGAGAAAGAUGCAAAAGCUUUGUAUAAUGCAGGAGAGAAGAGAUGGGGAACUGAUGAACAAAAGUUUAUCAAAAUUUUUAGUGAAAGUAGUCGUGCUCAUCUUGCUGCUGUUGCCUAUACUUAUAAACAAUCAUAUGCCAAUUCUCUCGAAAAGGCAAUAAAAAGUGAAACUUCUGGUCAUUUUGAGUAUGGCCUUUUAACCAUUGUGCGUUGUGCUGAGAAUCCUGCUUUCUACUUUGCGAAGGUUUUGCAUAAGGCAAUGAAAGGCAUGGGAACAGAUGAUUCGACACUGAUAAGGAUAAUAGUGACAAGGACAGAGAUGGAUAUGCAAUAUAUAAAGAUUGAAUAUCAAAAGAAGUAUAAGAAAACACUCCAUGAUGCUGUUCAUUCUGAAACAUCAGGCAGUUAUAGGGACUUUCUUCUUUCCUUGUUGGGCUAAGGAUAUCAUCACAAACACCCCCUUCCAAUUUUCCUCAAACAUCUCCACACUAAUUUUCAUAUCUUCCAUAGCUUUCAGAAACCUCACAAUUUUGCUCUUCCUUAUUCAACAUAUUAAUUUUGUUCUUUUUUUUUUUUUUGGUAUUUAUGUUUUAGUAAUAUCUUAAUCACUUCCUUAUUCAACAUGUAUUGCACUACUGUAAACUAUUUACGGCUCGUGUAACAAAUCCCAUAAGGUUAGCCAUUUUUUAAUAUUUCAGAUUUGCCCUUCCA